AUGGGAACGGUACUUCGUGCAUUUCAAGCCUUGUUUGCUUGGUACCUUGUUAGCGUCGCCUGGCAGCUCUACUCGGCGUUCCAUGCUCCACGGUGUCCCACGGACCUUGAGCAGCAACCCUGCUACCGUCCUCUCUUUCAGAAAGGUGAGCUGGUUAAUAUCUCGGUGUUCCUUACGACAAACAAGACGCUACGGUGGUGGAGUGACGAAGGCUUCGAGCAGCUCGUGCCCUUCUUCAAUGCAACUGUUUCAUAUGGUCAACCUUCCCAGCUACAGGCAGCACUGCCGCUUUCUCGGUCGCAGCUGCAAAGUGUCCGGCGCAAUGAGUCAGUGCUGCUUGUCCACUGCUUCCUCAUCAGGGCUGCUGCCAGGCUGUCCGACGAGAUUCGCAGCUCGCCACAUCCCGGAUUGGCUGGCAUUGUUAGCGACAAUGCGCUGCACACGACAUCUCAGAUAGUCAAAACUUUGCCACAGGUUCAACGGCAGCGGCGCAAUCUUCUGGCCCAGCAGCAAAACGACUCUCACACCUCGGAGCACUCAGUCGAGGUGACCUUGCGUUCAGGCUGGACCAUUUCGAUUUAUCCUAGAAGCUGUGCAUUUUGGGCGGGGUCACUUUUCUUCGUGUCGCACUUCUUCGAGCCGACGCUGUUUCUGGCAGCCUUGCGGCAUGGCCUUCUUGCAGUUGUGGUUCCCUUCCUGGUGCAGCUUUCAAGCAGCGAGGCGGUGUCUGGCGAUGUGGCCGCGCACACUGCUCUUCAAGUGCCCGCGAAAGCUGACAAAAUACCACAUUUGGUCCCAGUCUUGCGCAUGGAAUUGGCAGCUGAUUCCGAGGCUUACGACGGCAGGUACCCACCACCUUUGCUUUACAAGGAGCUGCUGAUUGAGCAUGGCUUGGCUGUGCGAGAACGAGACGUCAGGUACACGCUUUUGCCUCCAAGGCAUGCGGAAGGGCCAAAGUAUGCCCCGCCCUUCUAUGUAGAUACAGCUAGUUAUCAUUCCAAAACAUGGACACCGUUGGACAGCAAUGUCUCCAGGUCUGAUCCCGACAUGUACAUUGAGGUGGAGUUCACAGGCAUGCUCAAGUACAGCAUAGUACAAACAUUUCGAGAGGCUAUGAAGAUGUACUUGCAGAUGGGAAUUCGGGAGCAGGACCUCGAGGACUUGAAGGAUUUCUUCUUCCGGCAGCCAAUUCACGUCAUGAUUGCCUACCAGGUCGUCGGGUUCCUCCAGAUGACUUUGCGAAUGCUCGCAUUCAAGAACGACAUCACAUUCUUCAAAGGACGUUCUGACUACACGGGCUUGUCCAGCCGAUCCCUUGCGACUGACACCAUUCAGGAGAUCGUGAUUUUUUUCUAUCUCUAUGACUUCGACAGCAUCUCCAGGCUGUUGCUGCUGCAGCUUGGGAUGUCUGCCGCCAUCAGCUUUUGGAAGUAUGCCCGUGUUGCGCGACUUGGAACGAGGUGGUCGUAUUUCCUUCCUUGGGCAAAAUAUGGCCGUUGCAUGGCCAAUUCGCCAGAAGAUUGCCAGGAGGUUGGUGAAGCCUUCACAGAGGAGGUAGACGCCAGGGGUAUGCGCUACUUGAAGUACAUCUUAUAUCCGCUUUCAGCCGCUUGGGGAUUGUACAGCUUGUAUCACUACUCCUACAAAAGUUGGUGGAGUUGGAUGGUUUCAUCUAUGGCAGAUUUUGCCUACACCUUCGGGUUCGUGAACAUGAUGCCGCAGAUCUUUAUCAACUACAAGUUGAAGUCAGUAGCCCACAUGCCUUGGAGGGUGUUGAUGUACAAGUUCUUCAACACUUUCAUUGAUGACAUCUUCGCCUUCGUUAUUGCAGCAGACCAGAUGACUAACAAGCACAGGUACAUGACCUUGCGUGAUGAUGUGAUUUUCUUCGUUUUCCUCUACCAGCGACAUAUCUACAAGGUGGACCCAAGCCGUCCGGAUGAGUUUGGCAACGUCUACGACGACAAACCUGCUCCAGAGCAAGUCCCGCUGGCAUCCGCUGACUGA